ACGUUACGGAAAUAGAUUUCGGCUGGUGGCGAUGCAACAGCUUCUUGUAGACGACGAGCAGUGCCGAACGGUCGGAAGCAGCCAGUACCGUGACGACCAGUUCCCGAGGAAAACCGGAGAAAUCGCCUCCGCGAGGUCCCACAUGAAUAACCCGGGAGCUGAAAAAUGGCGCCCGAUGGCCAUCUCGAACCCAUCGACCCGGUUGCGCAUGGCAAGGUCCAUGCCCCACUGGGUACUGGCGCAACAGCAGAAGGAUGCGGAGCAGAAGCAGCAACGCCAACCACCGACCCCACCGAAAGUCCCACCGCCAUCGCUCUCCGGAGACUGUGGUGACCCAGACUACGAGAUCAUCGAAUUUCCGACCCGACCGCAAGCACAGAAGUCCUCGACACCGGGCAUGACGUACAAGUGCGCCCUAUGUGGCACCGAGAACGUUUUCGCCCGUUGCGAUAUUUGCAAUGGGAAUUAUUGCGAAGCCUGCGAUGACAUGAACCACAAGCACCCAAAAAGAAAAAACCACGUACGAAGAAGAAUCUUGACCGAUCUAGCGACGAAAACGCGACCACCUCUACCGCCAAAAGGAGAAAAUGUAUCGUCUCCGCCGCCAAUCCCACCGCCAAGAAGAAAUCGCAAGAGCGCUCAGGCUAAAUCGACGCAAAACCAGGGAUCUACGAAUCUCUCCUUGAUCGAAAGAGUCGACAGCUUGAAGCGAGUUCUUCCAAACACCACCAGGCCACUGUCAGCCACCCUUGACACGAAAACAGUGUCGAAAUCCAUGCAGUCUGUAAAUACUAUCACCAACGAUGGAACAGGAUCAGGAUCAGGGACUGACAAAAUGUCUACGCUGCAGGAAAGGUACAGGAAAUAUCAGGAAGCAAUGAGAGCGCAGGAUGCUAACAGAAGGAGGCAUCCUCCCUCCGAUAUUUCGAGAGAUACAUUGAAUACAAGGCCACUGAGCGUAGGCAGCCCGAAACUUAUGCCUCCGGUACCACCGCCGCCGCCGCCUAGAUCUAUGAUGCAAUCGGCCAGUGUUUGCGAUUUAUCGUCGCCACACAUGUGGAGUCCAGGAAUGCAUCAGGCUCAAUCAAUGGCGCAUCUAGGUCCUGGAGGUAUUCCAAUAAUGUGGUACCCACCGAAUCCACCAUGGGACAUGACCAUGGGUGGUUCCACGAUGAGUCUAAAUCACCCAACAAUGUGGGGUUAUCCCAUGGGAUUCCCUCCGUCACAAAUGCUUCCACCACACUAUCCGGGUUCUAUAUCAAGAUCACAUAGCCCAGCAAGGAGCGUGAAAUCCAGCAGAAGAUCGAGAGCAGUCUCGCCAUCGCCAAGUCUGAAAUCUAGGAAAUCAUUAGCUAGCAGAUCACGAUCGAGAAGAUCGCAGGGAUCACCGUCUGACGCUAGUUCUGAAGACUCUGGUGAAUCAGAUUUCGACGACAGGCUCUCUAAAAGUUCUAGGGGCACCAGACGUGGAAGUGUGUCUAGGAGUACAAGGCAAAGAAGCUACCAUGAAGAUGAUGGGUCUAGAAAUUUGUUAAAUAGAAAUCGUCGCGAACGGCUAAUGUCAGAAGAAAGAAUGACCAGUACAGAAGAUCAGUGGUCCGAGAGUCACUCUAUCAAACGAUAUCCAACAUCACCAAAGAACCAUGACGAAUUUCAAAAGAACACUUUAAAUUCACGACGACGAUAUGACCAAGACGAACGCAGGCUCUCCAAGCUGGAUUCGCGAUUAGAUCGCGUUCAAAACGGCAGCUACCGUCGUAGACAAAGCACCGACGAUGACUCUUCAGACAGAAGGUCCACACUACAAACACGCUCUAGAGUAACCAGUUCCUCUGACGAUCACUUCGACAAAUCAGAGUUGGUUCCUCGACGAAGGGACGACGAGAUGAUUCCAAGAAGAGCUUCCUCUGUGAGAAGAGAAGUAAGUUUGGACGAUCUCGAAAGAGCCUCUCGUAGAGAUUCUCGAAGGUCCUCUAUAGACAGUGACACACAAAUUACCAGAAGAACUCCUUCCAGAGAAGCCUCUAGAAGAAUCCAAGAAGUAGAAAGAAUUGAUAAUUCACGAUCCAUUAGGGAUGAAGAUGAUGUACCACGUGCUACGAAGAAUCUACGAAGUCGUGAAGCUUCGCGUGAUAGAGAAAGUGUCUCAAGAAGAGAGUCUUCGUUGAGAAAAGAAAUGGAAGAAGCAGAGAGAAUUUCUGUUAGAAGAAUGUCGCCUCAUGAUUCUGAUAGUCAGAGCAUUAGAAAAACUCCAUCUCGUGAAUCGGUUUCUAGGAAGAUACGUGAAAAUGAGGAUCGAGACGUGACACGAUCUGUGAAUAAGAAUCAAGAAGAAGCUCGGCGAUAUAUCGAGACAGAAAAUCGAGAAGUUAGACGAUUUAUUGAAGAAGAGAAAAGAAGGGAAGAAGCUUUAGUAAAGAAGAUGGAAAAUGAAAGAAGUAAACAUUUAGAAAGAUCACCAUCGGUAGGCAAAGAAGAGAAGCAUGGAUCAACGAGUGUGGAUCAACGUAACAAGUCGCCGAAAAAUGUGAAACUGAAAGAGGAAACGAGUACCACGAUGGAAAUUCCUAACGAAGAAUGGGCAUGCGAGCAUUGUACUUUCAUAAACGAUUUAAAGGAUCGUGUCUGCGUAGUUUGUUGCAAAACGAGGAGCAGCGCGUUGCCACCAAGUAGCGAAGAAAAUCAAGAAGAUGUUCAAAGUGGUUUGAGUGAGAUUCCUAAAAAUGAAUUAGCGACUACGUCCAGCAACAUUAGCAACCCUAGUCCUGAUCUGGAAAAGAGGACCAGCCUGUUAAAGAUUUCAAACAGCGAAGAGAGCGGGGAUAGUGGUUCCACAAAGAACAAAGAUUCCGCGACGCACGAAGAUUCUCCUGCGAUAGUUCCAGAGAAAUCAAUCGUUGAAUCCUCGUCAGUGAUAAGAAACGAGCCUACAUUGAUAGCAAACGAUAUAUCAGUGACGACCAAGAGCACCGAUGCUCCAAGCAAUAUCGUUUCUUCGAAAAUAAAUGAGGAAGAGUCAAUGAAACGAUCAAUGCUCGAGAAAAUUCCAAAAAGCCAUUCAGUUUCCACUGGAACCUCUCCUCCUCCUCAGAACAUUUCCACUCAAACGUACGACUAUCCUCCAGCAAGAAGUAGCGCUGGAUUCGUAAGAGCUGCAUCCACCUCAAAGGGAUUAUUAUAUUAUGAAGACAGCGACGCGGAGGAUGCCGAGCGUCUGUUUCAGGAACAAACUAGAUUCGCCAAUAGUCCAGAUCUGUAUCCGCGAACGAUUCAGGAGCAGUAUCUUCAGCAGUUGAUCAGCGGUCCCAGCAGAGAUCGUACACGAAGAAAUUCCAUCGACUCCACCCACCUUUAUUACCGUUCCAGGGAAUCGAGCCAACCAAGAUUCUUCGAAGCUGGCCCAAGCUCACAGGGAAUUUCAACGUUGACACGACAAGGUUUGGAGAUCGUGGAGCUUCUAAGGGAAGCCGAGAAGCACGGUUAUUCCACGGAUGAUGUUCAGGUGGCCUUGUCACAGGGUGCAAGUAGCCCGAUCGACUGGCUGAAGACGCAGUGGCCCCAUUUGGUGGAAACUGUACAAGUUUUAGUUACUACUCAGGGAAAAGAACUGAAGGAAAACAAUAUCGGGGUGCUUUCCGCCAUCGAGGCGAAAGAGGCCUUGAGAGCUACAAAGGGAGACGUUUGGAACGCUGUCGCCAUGGCUGUUCAACGUAGACAGCUAAAAUGCGAGGAAAUUAUGAAGAAAGGCAACUUCGCAAUGGCGGAAGUGGUGAAAUCAUUGGAAAAUAAUUCUGGUGCCGAGGACGCGGCUUUGUUCGAGCUGCAAAAGAAUCAGCUCAAGCCGUUCUUGAUGAGAAUCUGGGGUCCUCCGGUUGGGGUGGAAAACGAUGAGGCUGCACCGCGGGAAGAUACAGCAGGUGCGGUCGGUGGUGGAACGGGAGGUUCCGAACAGGUUACCAACGUGUCGGACGCUGAAGCCAGGAAGCAGGUAAUGUCACCAAUCGUAGAAAAUUUCGUCGCGUUGCAGGCCGACUUUCAAAAGCAACUGGCAGCCCUCAGACAACUGACCGAUAACUGGCAACAUGACAAAGACCCCCUGAAUACGUUCGGUAAUAAGCCUGAUAAUCUGUAUCAAGUUAACACUGACGAUCGAAUCGUUCUAAUCGAUAAAAAUCUGGUCCCAAGGGCCGUACAAGACCUCGAUGUAGCCAGCACUCUUAAAACAGUGGAGAACGAGGAACCAAAACGAACCAAUCAAGACGAUACUAAAUUAAUAAGAAUUAAUCAGACUGAUACGUCCAUUAUAACUGAAAAACAAGACCAAAAUAACAAUUCCACUAUAAAGGUGAUUAAAGAACAAGUUCAGAAUCUAUCAGAAAAUUUAUUAAACCAGAAUCAGAUCAACGUUGAAAAAAAAUUAACGAUAGAAAAAAUUUCACAUACGAAAGAAAAUGAAAAAAUUCGAUCGGACGAGUUGCAAAAAGAAAAUAUCGAUGUAACUAAACCCACAUUACCUGAGGAUAUUGAUCCAGCUGCUGUACCUAAGGACAACGACCCAAACAUCAGUAUUUCGAUAAAUUUAAUUGAGAAAGACAUCCCUAAUCAAUCAGAAAAUUUGUUAAAGGAGAAUCCGAGUGAACAAAAGAUAAAAGAGAUCUCAGUUCCUGAUACAAAAGAAGGUAGAAGCGUAGAUGAAGAAGUUAGUGUCUCGUCUUCCAGUAUAGUAGAAGAAUCAUUGUAUAAAGCAGAAGCCAAAACGAGCGAUGUAACCAGGUCGAAAAAGAAUGUAAAGCAAACGGUGGAGAUGAGUUUGAAAGUAGCUGAGGUAAAGGGCGAGGAAGGUGGUUCACGCGUAAAAGAAAGCGAAACGACGUCUCAAAAGAUUUCAGACGCCGGUCAAAGCAGCCAAGGAAUAGAUAAAGCUUCUUCGUCGCGUUCGGAGAAAAACGAAUCGCCAUCCCAAAAGCCUUCUGAUCCUCAUCAAAGAGCUGUGCAAGUAGAUAAAGGCUCUCCUUCAGUGGAGAAUGUCCCUUUGCGAUCUAACGUAUCGGAUCACGGUUUACCCGAAAGUGUAUCGAAGACGUCCGAAUCGGCUCGAGGUUCUUCGCAAACUGGAAUCGAACGAGCCGACUUAAUAAACCAAAUGUUGAAACAAGGCGAAGAGUCCCUUCAAAAGGCAACAACUUCUACAGAAUUAAUUAAGAGUUUUAAAAAUUCCGGCGAAAACGGAGACGCGGGGAUUUCAGAGAAUAUCGACGUAACGAGUAAAGAAACGACGGGACCAUUGGAUAAAUUAAGGCCUAUAAAGGAAGAUACGAAAGUAGAAUCGGGCAACGUUAUCGAACAAGCGCAAUCACCGAUAAUUACGGCUGAGAAUGGCUCGACAGAUCAAAGUUCUGAAAACGUCUCGCCGGAAGCUCGUCCAGAAGGCAACGAGACGCAAGUAGCCACCGUGGAGGCACUGUUAUCUGCCGUGAAAUCGCUGCCAGAGCAAUUACUGGGCCCUUUCAUAUCGGCAAUGCAAAUGCUGUCGUCGAAGAAAUCGAGCAACGAGACCGAUCGAGCGAACGUUAUCGAAGUUGUAACAGAAGAUCAGAAUUCCACGUCUUUUCAAGCUUCCAGCGAAACUGGGUUUGGCAAGAAUGAAAAUGUACCUCUGGGAAGCGUCGAAAAUGCAGAGGAGCUUGUAUCGGAUGUAGUCGAAACUGUAACAACCGAAACGACCGCGACUGACAUCGAAAAGCUACAUGAUCUCGAAACGGUACGUAAAAACGAAAAAAGCGAUAAUAUUUCGCAUACUAGCGCAGGAGGAGCGACAAUGGAGGUGAAAUUUAACGGGAAUCGGGUCCCAGGAGACACGAUAACACUGUUGCAGAGUGGAGAGAAACCUGAAACAACGAUAACUAAAGUAAGUUCGCCAGAAGCCGCGAAUAAUAUUAACAACGAUGAAAAGCUAGACAAGGUACCUAAUUAUCAGGUCCAGUUAUCAGGUCCAGUACACGAAAUCACCAGUGAUAGAUCAAAGGUAUCUUCGGUAGAAGUCGAUUCAUCUCAUCGUUAUCAUCCGGACGCGAAUCCGGAAAUCCAUACAUGGAACGAUCCACCUAUUCAUGAACGAUCAUCGUCAAAGGAAGCUGGCAACUCUUCCGUGACCGGCAUCAAAGAUCCUCGACUUAACAAUGCAUCUUUGAACAGCGAAUCACUCAUAAGCGAUAGCUCGAUGAAACACAACGGGACCAUUGGCGCACAAUCAUUAUCGGACAAGAUAUCAUCCUCGGUCGCAUGUGACUCGGGAACGUGUGAAUCAUCCGACAUGCAAACGUCUAUCAUCGAGACUCGACCUAGCGAUGAUAACCGCGUGAAAUUAAUUGAUGGCAGUUUGAUGACUGACAAUAGAAGAUCUGAGGAUGUUAUGUCUGAUCGUAUAUCGCAUGAUAAUAAUCAUACUAAUUCGGUCGUGACCCAGGUAGCAGCAUCUUCUCAGUUAGUUAACUUUGAAAAUAAUUCUGUAGAUUACAAAGUUUCCGAAAAUUCUAAAAUUGAAUCGCAGAAAAUUUCUGAGGAUAAUCUUGUUAGAAAUUCUGAGUGUAGAAUUUUGGAAGAUUCGAAAAUUGCUCGAGAUGAAUUUUCUAAGGAAAGUGGAGUUGCUAUUGGAGAUUCUUUAAAAGAUUCUAAAAUAGCUCAGGAAAUUUCUGCAGAUCCUAAGAGUGUUGUAACUUCCAAAGAUUCCAAGAUCGAUGAAAUUCCUAGUGAUCCUAAAUCCUCUGAAAUUUCGAUGGAUUCUGGUAUCGUCACACAUGAUGUAUCGGAAAAUAGAACCUUUACUGAAGAAAUUUUUGAAAAUUCUAAAAACAUUAUACCUAAUACUCCGAAAAAUCCUGCAUCUAUAAUCUUUGAAGUUUUAAAGAGUUUUAUAUCUACUUCAAAUGAAGUAUCUAAUGAUCCCAAAAUUCUUAUUCAGGAAGCUUCUUCGGAUUCGAAAACUGAUCUUCACGUAGCUUCUUCAGACUCCAAACUUAUUAUCCAUGAAGCUUCAGAAGAUCCUAAAGCUAGUUCGAAAAAAAUGUCUAAUGAUUCCAAAAUUACCAUUCACGAAGUUCCAAAAAAUCCUAAAUCUAGUUCAGAUGAAACAUCUAUCGAAUCCAAAAUUCUUAUUCAAGAAUCUUCGAAAGACCUGAAAAUUGUUGACGAAACUUCUUCAAGUUCUAAUAUUAUUGUCCAUGAAGUUUUAGAAGAUUCUAAACUUAGUUCACAUGAAAUAUCUACUGAUUCCAAGAUACUUACCCAAAAAGCUUCGAAAGAUACGAAAGCUGUUAUUGAAGGAGCAUUUUCAGAUCCCAAAGUUGCUAACCAUGAAAUUUCAGAAGAUUCCAAAUCUAGUUCAAAGGAAAUAUCCAAUAAUUCCAAAAUACUUAGCCAAAAAGCUUCGAAAGAUUUGAAAACAGUUAUUGAGAAAGCAUCCUCAGAUCCCAACAUUGCUAACCAUGAAGUUUCAGAAGAUUCUAAAUCUAAUUCAAAGGAAAUAUCCAAUAACUCCAAAACACUUAGCCAAAAAGCUUCGAAAGCUGUUAUCGAAGAAGCAUCUUCAGAUCCCAAAAUCGCUAACCAUGAAUUUUCAGAAGAUUCUAAAUCUAGUUCAAAGGAAAUUUCUAAUGACUCCAACGUUUCCAUUGAGGAAAUGUCGAAAGAUUUAAAAACUGUUGACGAGAUUUCUCAAAAUUUUAACGUUGGUAUCCACGAAAUUUCGAAGGAUUUCGAAGCUAUUCCACGCGAUGUUCCCAAAUGGCCAUACACUAAUACUCCUAAAUCAACCCAAGAAUCCAAGGUUCAAGAAAUUCCUAACAAACCAACAACAAUCGUACACGAAACUUCGAAAGCAGUUUUGCAUGUGUCUGAAAAAGUAGAGCAGUCUAUCUCUGUCGCAUGUCACAUUCCCCAGAGCAACGACAAAAUCGAUACUUCGCCAAUAACUUCAGCAAGUAAGUCUGUCGACUCUAAAGAAACUCACGAACAAAUUAAUAUUCAUUUAAAACCUGUCAAAGACGAUCACCCUCUAUCGGUAUCUCCUACAAAAAAUAACGAUAUAACAAAAGACUCUUUGAUAGAGAUAAAAAAAGAUUCUUCGACGAUCGUGGAACGAAAUAAUUCAAACAAAUCGAUGGAAACAAUCGAUGCGAACAACGAGUCAAAAAUAGAAAAGAAUGGCCAAGAAAUAUUUUCUGGCUCUAUUUCGAACAAGGUCGAGGCAAAUACAGCUUGCGAAGCAAUAGCGAAUAUCGAACCGGCAAUAGUAACUAUCUCGAGUGACCCUCGUAUUUCCGGUUCCUCGUUGACCUCGCAUUCUUUGGACACCGAAUCUGCCGUUAACAAGCUAAAUUCUACGGAUACUAACAACAUUCCUAAGAACCUCGUUGUUCCUAAUAACGAUAUGUCGUAUAAUGCAUCGAACUCGAACGAAGAAAGUCAAGUUGUCGAGCUAAAUCUGACCGAUACGAAUCUCGAAACUUACAUCGUUCCUAACGUGCUUGGAAACGUUAACGAAUUUUCCAGUUCGAUUCCCUGCAACGAUGAAAGUAUCACGAAGGAUUCGAACAAUAACGCGUCCCAUUUAUAUCCUCCAAGCUCGAGUGAAAUCGAAGGGAAUGAAAGGCAAGAAGAUAAGAAAGCAGAUGCUGCAUUAUUUAUUAAAGAUUCUGUAAAUAUAUUAAAAUUCGAAUUAAGCGUUAAUUCCAAUAAUAAAAAUCCAGAGACUGAGUGUUCGAUCGUCGAUAAUAUUAACGAUGUUCCUCCAGGAGUACCUGAAACUAUAGAGAUUAAAAUCAUGGAAUCUCCCAUGUUAGCGGUGAACGAUUGUGCGCCAAUAAAGGUUCUAGAAAGUCCAUCAGAGAACGAAGUAAAACCGAUUGAGACGGCGAAAUUGCAAACAGAAAGCGCGACCGAAGCACGCAAGAUCGUGACGAUUUCGGGAGAAAGCGCGGUAGACGUUGAAAAUAAUGAAGUAGAUGCAAAUGAAGUUGAUAAGACGGUUACCUCGAGAGUUGCAGUCAAGGAGAGAUCCAAAUCUCCUGCCAAAAAGGUCGGCAGAAGGAGGUCUCCCGUGAAAGUCGUUAAAAAAUCUACCGGCAUACCGAGAAGGAAUUUUGGAAAAGUUAGCCCGAGAGGCGCAACGAUUGCAAAGGCGAAAGAUGCCGCGGCUGAAAUAACUCGAAAAUCGACUUUGUCGAACCAAAGGAGAAGUCCAGGAAAAACAAUCGCAAAAGUCAUAAAGAUCGUUCCAUCGAACAGUUUGAUAAAUAAAACAAAAUCAGCAGCUAAUACUAGACAGAAGCAAGUUUCAAAAGGUUCCAAAUCGACGGAGAAGAAAGUGAUUCCGGAAAGGAAGUCGACAAUCUUGAGUACGUUGUCCAAAGGUUGUGAACAAAUUAAAAAAUCAAUUAUGAAUGCACAGACUAACGAUAAAAAUAGUGGAAUGACGGUUAAAAAAUCUUCGAAAGGGAACGGCACGUUAAAACAUUCUUUCCUUUCGAGGAUUCCCGUAUUCACAGCGAGACGUCGACUUCCACAAGUGCAAGAGACUCCAAAAAGUUCUCAGCAAUCUCUGAAAGCGGCAUCCGGUGACGAGUUAACUAGCACCUCGGCGAAACCAUCGAUUACCCAACAAACAGCAAGGAAAAGUAGUUCGUCCGAAAGCGCUUCGAAGAUCAGAGCAGAGCGAAAAAUUGAGCCGGAUAAAGUCGGAAAUUUAAAUGACAAAAAGACGCUAAUGGUAAAAACUGCAAUCACUCGGGCGAAGACUUGCGAAAGGAGCGAAAAAACGAAGUCAGCGAUGGCAUCGGAGAAAAAUGACAAGGAAAUAGACGUGACUGGGUCCAACGAAGAUCAAACGAUAUCUAAGAAAUUGGAUUUAAAUGAUACCACUUCCAGCGAAGAAUACGAGCUGGAGGAAGUUUCUGAUAAUGACUCUUCCACUUCCGACUUCGAGAGCGCAACGGAAUCUGAAAUAUCAGAAACGGGGAAGCAGCUUUCCGAUCGCACGUCGGACAGCAUCGAGGAGUUAACCGAUGCUGAAAUCAUGCUACAGGAAACAAUCAACGCGAUAAAAGCAAAAAUAUCCGACUCUGAAUUCGAAGAUUCUGAAAAUGAAUACAUAACUGAUAAUGACAGCCAAGAAGAUUCUAAUUCCAGUGAAACUCGCGUGAACGUGAAAGACUCUUCUUUCGAAGAAGAAGAAGAAGAAGAAGGAAUAGAAGAAGUGGAACAAACAGAUAAUAAAGAACUAAACUAUAUUUCGUCUGAGGAGGACGAAACUCUGAGAGCUGAUAACACUGACGUAAAGGACCAACGAAAGCAAAUGACAAAUUCACACAACAAUACCAAAGAGACAUUAAAAAAUACCACUUCUAAAACUCAUUCCAUUAAAAAACCAAAAGAACAGUUAAUACCACUAAAGAACAGCAAAGACGCAAUUAAGGAUAAGCCUGGUAAACUAAAGGGGAAACUUGAGAUGAACGAUAACUCUGGUAAAAACGGGCAGAAUAAGACAGAUCCUAAGACUGAGGUAACGAAAGCGAGACGUACGAGCGACAAGCGAGUGAAAGCGAGUCGUAGAGCGAGCACAGGCUGUGAUAGAGGGGUAGAUCAGGGAGGAACAUCGAAGAAACGAUUCUCCUUGGUGGCCAGUUGUAUCCGUCGGUUCGAGGGCGAAGAAAAUACGGAACGGGAAUACGUGGAAAGUAGAAGCGGCAACUUGAAGACAGGGGGAUCUCCCAAAACGGAGAGGGAGAGAAUUGCUCGACGUCUCUUAGCGGAAGGAAAAGCGUCGAACUACGAUGAGGCGGAAGUGGCCGCUAGUUUGCUGGCCUUGAAAUUUGGAGACGUCGAGGCUCUUCAUGCGGCUAAAGAGUGUUCCAGCGUAGAAUCGGCAUUGGCUUUCUUGCAACAAGAAUGCGAACUUUGUACAGGUCGCUUUGCGAUGAGUCAGAUAGUGUCCAUGCUGAAAUGCGUGCACCGUUGCUGCAACGAGUGCGCGAAGAACUACUUCACCAUCCAAAUCAGCGACAGAAAUAUCACGGACGCAGUUUGUCCAUUUUGUAAGGAGCCAAACCUAAAAGACGCCAACGAAGACGAGGUGUUAGAAUAUUUCAGUAACCUGGACAUACAAUUGAAAACACUUCUAGAUCCUCCGAUUCAUGAACUCUUCCAAAGAAAGCUGAGAGACAGAACAUUAAUGCAAGAUCCAAACUUUAAGUGGUGCAUUCAGUGUUCAAGCGGAUUUUACGCGGAUCCGGAUCAAAAGAGAUUAAUAUGUCCCGAUUGUCGAUCAGUCACGUGUGCACUGUGUCGAAGACCGUGGGAGAAACAGCACGAAGGAAUUACGUGCGAGCAAUUUGCUGCUUGGAAAGACGAGAAUGACCCGGAUAAUCAAGCCGCUGGCUUAGCCAAGCACCUCGCGGAUAAUGGGAUAGAUUGUCCUAAAUGCAAAUUUCGCUACUCCUUGUCUAGGGGAGGUUGUAUGCAUUUUACAUGUAGCCAGUGCAAGUACGAAUUCUGCUGCGGUUGCGGAAAGGCAUUCAUGAUGGGAGCAAAAUGCUCGGUCAGUCAGUAUUGCGCGAAACUGGGCCUUCACGCACACCAUCCACGAAACUGUCUGUUCUAUCUUCGAGAUAAGGAGCCCAUGCAGUUGCAACAGCUGUUAAGAGAUAAUGGAAUCGAGUACGACACAGAGGGUCCGGCUGGCGAACGCAAGUGCAAAGUGCAAUUGCAGAAAGAAACUCCCACCGGUGUUGUAGAUGCGGUAUGCAAUUCAGAUGUCGUUGUGGGACACGCUGGCUUGUGCAGGAUCCACUAUAUCGAAUACCUAGUUCGAAAGAUCCGGGAGACCCAACUGGAACCGCUUCCCUUGUUAAACGUAGACGAUCUCGAGACUUGCGUGAAACGUGCGGGGAUCAAAUUGCCCCCGAAUUGGCAGCACUACAUUGAGUACUUGGCGGGCCUGGUACUGAAGGGCAAGCUGGAUCCCGUGGCGAUCUUUGACUUGAACGAUGCCAAGCAAGAGCUGCGCCGUCGGGGAAAAGUUCCCCCUGCGAAGGACCAGGAAAUGUCCGAGCGGGAUUAUCUCGAGGCGUGCAUUCAGGUUGUACGGAAGGAGAUUCCGCUGGAGUGAUAAAUGGGUAAUAAUUAAUGAAGGACAUUACGUGAGUUCCGCUUCUAAUACAUCAUGUAUAGUGUAUUUAUUUUAUCAUAUGGACAGUGAUGUAGAGAACAAUUAUUGACGAUUAAAGUAAACAAAGAUUGAAAAUUGUUUAGUAUUUAAUGUAUAAAAGUAAUCAGUCUUUUAGUAUAGAACUUGAAAACUAAAAUAUCAAUUUUUUUAUUCUUCUCGCUAUCUUCUUUUUUUGGUUUAUGUAUAAAAGGGUUACAGAUGUUUUUUAUGUAAUAAACGUGAAUUUCUGUUAAUAGAAAAUUUUAUAAAACACUUUAACAAUAAACUAAUUUUCAACAAAG